UAGAGUCCAACAUGGCAGAAUAUUUCGUCAAAGUCCCGGAUUUGAGAAAGAGGUUUAGGGAGAAAUAUCGAGAUAAAAUUGCUCAAGGUCUCUAUGAUGCAGAAGAUCUUGCCAGACUGGAAGAUAAUGACACGUAUGUUGAGCUCUUUCUUCAGAGUGAGAAGGGAAACAUUGACAGUGCAACCUCCAUGAUCGACGGAGCUUUUGUUUGGAGGAAGUCCAUUGGAGUGAAUGGUUUGUCUUCGACAUCGUUUCCUCGAGAAGUCCAUGAAAAAGGUGCUAUAUAUUUUCAUAACCAUGAUAAAGAUGGAAAUGAAAUUUUGUAUUUCAGAAUAAAAGACCACAAAAAAGAUCCCACCAAGUUGCUGUUGCUUCAGAAAUAUGUUGCCUACCUCUUGGAGCAGUAUUUUAUGGAGAAUAUGGGCAGCCAAAUUGUUGUGAUGUUUGACAUGACUGAUGCUGGCCUAUCGAACAUGGAUUUGGACCUCAUCAAGUUUAUCAUCACCUGUUUCACGACGUACUAUCCAAAUUAUUUAGCUUAUUUAUUAGUUUAUGACAUGCCCUGGGUGCUAAACGCUGUCUGGAAAAUCAUCAAGACGUGGUUGAGUGAAGAAUCAUCAAAGAAAGUGAUAUUUGUGAAAAAAGGGGACAUACAGGAGUACAUCGACAAGGACCAGUUAUUAGAGCAUAUGGGGGGAACUGACACUUACAAAUACACGUAUAUCCCUCCAUCUCUGGACAUCGGUGACAGCUCAGGGGAGAUGAUGAGUUUGACCCAUGAAAACGGUAUUCUACCCUCACCUGGCGAUUUAGCCGCGAGAAAAAAGGUGACGUUUGCUGGGCGAGAGCAGAAUAUGUAUGCCAGUUUCUCCACUGAUACAGAUGACGUGGAUGCAAGCCCGACAACUCCGACAAAGCCUGAUGGAUCGGUCAAAAAUCGUCCACAGUCUCUCCUUACCCAUCGCAAAGACCGAGGAGAGAGCACAUACGAUGGGAAAUACUUAUCGGUCAGUCCUGCCAACCAGCUUGACUUUGAAGUCACAGACCUGAAAAAAGAAUCUUUGGACAUCUUGACACUGACGAAUAACCAUCAGGAAAAUAGAGUAGCCUUUAAGGUAAAAACGACAUCGCCAGAAAAGUACCGAGUCCGUCCAAGUACUGGUGUGGUACGAUCAGGGUCCUCCACUGAAGUCAGUGUCUACCUACAGCCUGGUAUCACAAAUGUCGCCCGGGACAAAUUCCUCGUCAUGGCCAUGGACAUUGGCACUGAUGGUUUCUCAAGUAGCGGUGAAUUGGCCGACAAGUGGCGGUCAGAGCCGCGUGACAAUAUCAUGGAGCACCGCCUCCGUACGAACGUCACAGAAAAAUUGAAAUCUCCAGUCGAGGAGGGGCUGCCAGAAUCUUCACUGUCACCGGUGACGACAACUCAAGAUUCGCCAUCAUUGGAGAAAAAGAUUGAUGACAUGAAUCGGAAGCUCGAGAACAUAUUACGCCUCCAUCGGAACCAGGAGCUGCGUCUGGACCGUAUCUACCGCUACCAGGUCUUCUUCUGUCUGUGCAUUGUGUUCAUCAGUAUCGCCAUCGCCCUUUCAUACAAACUGGACUAUCUGCCCAUUCAGAAAUAUACAGUCAAUGCCUGUAUGCCGCAUUUUAUGCACUAGUGCCACCCACUGAUAACAAGAAAAAGUUCACAAAAUUUUACGAAUUGCAUCGGACUCUAUGCAUUAAACAGAAUAUACUCUGUGAUUAUGAAGAAAACUUGUGUUUAUUAUUAGAAUUGACGCAUAAGCUGUGAUAAGAUGUAUUAUUUUUGAAAAUUGUCGCCAUGUUCGUUUAUUGAUAAUCAGGCAUUUAAAGUGUAUUGUUGUUGUGUGCUCCUUUAUUGCCCCUGAGAAUCAGUUUCCCAACUUUUUGAGAAAGUGCCAGCGCUCCCACUGAGCGUGUCUGCUUGCAAAAGAAUGUGCAGUACUAUUCGGGGUGAAUACGUCCUUCUGCAAAACAAUCCUCCUCACCCACUUUCAAACAAACCAUUCAACGCUAUGUCCCUCCACGUAGUUCCUGCUUUGUUUUGAUAUUCACAUGACUAUUCACACUAUGUCUCGCAAGCUGGGGAACUAUUUCUCAAGGGUGUUUUAUUGAAAGUUGUGAAUCAUUGUUUGCACAGCUAAAAUUGUGGCUGAUAUUUUAUUAAUUCUGAGAACUUAACGUGUACAGUUGCCCAUGGUGAGAUUUCAUUUGAUUCCAUUUUGUUAUUAUCGCACAAAAGGCAUGUGAAUUUUACACCAUGAGAGAAAAGAAACAACUUAUUACUUCUUGAAGAAUUAGGGUUUUUUGGAGAAAGCUUGAAAUAAGCUCAUCUUUUGAGGGGAGAGUAAACAAAUACAUCCUCUAUUCGUUUACUUUUUCCCGUCUGUUGACUAUUUCUAGUAUGUGAAUCAGUUCAGUGUGUUAUGUGGUAUGUAUAGUAUUAUAGUUAGGUAUGCAUGCAAGUUGUAUAUGUGCUUGUGGCGUGUGCUAUCCGUUUUUGGUCACAGAAGAUAUAUAUAGGUCCUAAAUGCUCAAAGAUUGGCAUCGAACAAUGUGACAAGACAUGACAUAUGAGCGUAGUGUUAGAAAAUCUGCCAAAUUUGACAACUGCAACUGGUGCAGUUAUGGCUGUAGUCAAUAGGAUCUCCCCAUUUUGGGUCAGUUUGAUGUCCAUCCAUGCCUUUGAUACAAAAGUCACCUCUUAUUUUUCUUAUGAAUGUUGCGUGUUUGAAAUUGGUUCUGGCCAAAUUGAGUUGUUUUUAAAAAAAUUCUGCAUGAUUUGUCCCUCAUUCAACAUAAGAAAUGGGCUGUGAUGGUUUUCCGAAUUUUGUACUGGGUGUUUAAAAAUAUGAGAUUGUUCCAGUGAAGGGGUGUGGGGUUGGCUAUAGGUGUCUUACUUUUGGUGUACCAGGAAAUUUCCAGAAAUGGUGGUUUCAUCGUUGUCGUAAACUUGGAACAUUCCUAUUGUAUCAUGAGAGGGAGUUUUAUUUGGGCUGAUUUUAAAGAUAAGCACGGUUCACAUAAGUAAAAUGGUUCCUAUUAGCCAUCAUGGAGAGUUAGCAGCUCUGGAAAUGAAUAAAGCAUGCAAUGAAUA